AUGCCGGGCAUACCUUUACCACCCGAACCUAUUAUUACAAGAUGGGGAACGUGGUUAAAUGCUCCAUUAUUUUAUGCAAAUGAUUUUGAAGUGUUUAAAAACGCGAUUGAAAGUUUAACAGAUGAUGCUACAAGUGUCGAAAAGCUGAAACAGCUUGUACAAAAUAAUGCAUGUGGUUUAGCAUAA